CUGAAAGUACACAGACAAACCAGAAUUAUUGGUUGACUGUAGCCACAGUUAUUGUAGCUAUGAACCAGCAGUUUAAGGAUACCGAUACAGCUGAUACAGUGGACAGGCUUCAGCAGAAAUAUCUCGAAAGGAGGAAACAGUUUCCACCAUCAGAAGACAUAACCUCAGGAACCAGAGAUGAAGCAUUACAAAGGCUCAUUUUGGCCCACAGGUCCAAACAGCCAAGCAAAGAGUUGAAAAGCUACAGUGACGCCUUACGUGAGCUUUUCAAAGCAGUUACCAACUGCCCUGACCGGUUGGGCACUGAUCACAGUCUACAUGACAGUGAGGAAGACCUGAGUGCAGAUUCUACAGCAGUCCCACUUCAGGACUCUCAGGUGCUGUUUACAGAAACAGAUGUGACCUUGCCCUCCUGUCUGCAUGGUAGUCCCGGGUCCCAGGAAACUGAAAGAGACAGAGAGUUGCAGUUUGCUCGACAAUUCCCUGCCUCGUGUGGCUCCUCUUCCUUAGUACUAGCAAAGGUUUACCAAGAGAUGAUGACAAUCUACGAACAGCUAAAGGCAGAGCGACAAAGUCAGCAGCAAUGGGAAAGAGAGUUGUUUGAGCGAGAAAGGAGGCUAAAACAGAAGGAGGAGGCUUUGUUGAGACUGGCUGGGCUGGAGGAGAUGGUCCAUGCUCGCAUUCAGGCUAUAGAGGAGAACCAUCAGCAAGAACUGAGCCAGCUGCAGGAUCUUCUUCGAGAAAGGACUAAAGAGAACAAGAGGCUCAAAUCCAGCUUCGGAACAAUCAAGGAGCUGAAUGACAACAUGAAGAAACAGGUGAAUGAGAUCAGUGAACAGAAUAAGAAGCUGGAGAGCCAGUCAAAGAGGGUGCAGGCUCGACUUGAGAACCUACAGAGGAAGUACGAGCAGAGCAUACCAUCAAGAGGCCAUCAGAAAGGAAGCGUGAAGAGUACAGAUUGUAUUAAACCACUCAAAAAGGAGAAAAAUGCUGCGUCUGGAAAACCCAGCGAGAAGGGCAGCUCAAGUCCCGUAUCUCUAAAGCUCCUGGACCUUCUACUGGACUGGGUACUUGAUGGACAGAUGUUCUCAUCAGUAGCAGGAAAUGAACUGAAAGGUGUAGGCCAGUGUUUGCCUCAGGAGGUUGUACUCAGUGAGAGAUGUCUCAAGGUGCUACCAUUAAUGGCAGAUCAGCUUCACCACACUCCUUUAUCAGAACCCAACCUUCUGCUCAACGUUCUUCGCCUCAUUUAUUGGGCUUUGAGACACUUGGAUGACAGCAAACAGCAUGUAACAUUAUCUGCCACGCUGCGGCGGAUAGGAGAGGAAGUGUCGAAGCCCGCAGUCCAGUCAACAGUGCUGAAGUCCUUGGAUCCAGACCUGCCCAAGUCCUGCACUGAAGCAACUGGACCCUUCAGGAGUUUGCCCCUUUACCAGAGCCCUUGUCCUCACACACGUAUUCUUUCCACCCUCAUCAUCUUACGCACCAUUACACAAGCUGAUGUGCUGGCCCAGGCGCUUGAGAACCUCCGCACUGAACUGAUGUGUGAGGACAGUCGAGGCGUGUUCAUCCACUCCGGAGGCCUGCGUGUGCUGCUGUUGAUGCUUCGGGCCGGACGUGCAGGGCUAGAAACACCGAUAGACAUCCUGAUGCAGCUCUGUGAACAGUCCCGCUACUUAAAUUCCUUUCUGGAGGCAUGUAGCUGUGAGGAGUUUUUCAGAGCAGCUUCCCAGCUCCUUAAAAACCCUCGUCUGGAGCUGCCAUCACUGGAGAAACUCUCUAUCCUUCUACAGAAGCUCUCCAGCAUCAGGAAGAACCGUCAUCUGUUUGAGCUGUCCUCCCUCCAUCACCAGAUACAAGAGCUGCAUCACAAAACCAACCCGGCACACACGUUCCUCUGCCUCAACAUCCGAUCCAUCCUUCACAACCUUAAAUAAGACACACGUGGUUCUCUGCUUCAUCGUGAAUACAAGGUUUCUAUAACAGCUCAGAUUCCUUAUUCAAGAUGACAUUCCCUCUAUUUUACAACUUCAAGACUUUACUUGCUCUUUUAAUGUGUGUUCAAACUCAUUAUCGACCAUACGUGAAAGCAGCAGCUUGAUUCCUGCUCUACCUCAAAUGACAUCUGCAGACAAAUUUUUUUAUUAUUAAUACACGGAUGUGUUUUUGAAGUUCUUUUGUCUGUCAGAAGUGCUGUUUUAAGGCUCUGUGUGCUGUGCACUUGUUGGCCCACGCUGUUUGUGCUCUAAAAUGCUAAUCUGAUGUCUUUCUUUGAUGAAAACCCAUAAAAAAAAGACUGUCACGCUUGCAAGAGGUUGUGACUGUGAAAGUUUUAAUGGCAAUAAACAAAAAGAGCUGAAGUGCA